UGGAUAAACUUAUGGAAUGUAUGUACACAUCGCCUUCAGCCGGUCUUGCAGUAUUUUUAUUUACGUUUCUGCAAAUGCUGUAAAAAAAGAAAAGUUCGAUGUGUUUUCUGAUACAAAGCGCACAAAAAGGUCUGUGAUUUAUUAACAAUGUGCGCAAACAAUCCGCGGCCAGCAACAUCAUCAGCAGUACCCGGUGCCCAUGCAAAACUCUGCUCCGAGGGACGCGUCAGUUUGUAUUGUUUCCUGGCCACAGCGAGUCUGGUGCUGCUGCCCUCAGUUCCACAGAUCUAUUAUGGAAUUGUGCCAAAUGUUUGGGGGGCCAUCCUGUGGGGACCGGUGCUCUACUAUGCUUUAAUCAACAUGAUAAUACGGUUUGUGCUCAGGAACAGCAAUUAUCAGGUUGCCAUACGCGCCUCGUUUCUUGGCUUUACAAUGGCUGUGAGCGUUCUAGUCAUUUGUUUUGCACCCUCACAAUGGCAGCAGUUUGGCGUUUACGGCUGCUUUAUGUCCAUCUUUCAUUACUCGGAGUUUCUGGUCAUUGCGUGGGCAAAUCCACGCAGCCUAUCCUUGGACUCCUUCAUGCUAAAUCAUUCGGUGCACUAUGGCCUGGCCGCGGCAGCCAGUUGGACGGAAUUUAUUCUAGAGCUCUACUUUCUGCCAGAUUUCAAGCGUUACGCCCACGUUUGGCUACUAGGCGUGCUGUUGUGCGCCGGUGGCGAAGUGGUGCGCAAGGUGGCCAUCGUUACGGCAGGUCGCAGCUUUACGCAUUUGGUGCAGGAUGAAAAGCAUUCGGACCACAAGCUAAUCACCAGCGGCAUUUACGCUUACAGCCGCCAUCCUUCGUAUGUGGGCUGGUUCUACUGGUCCAUUGGCACACAGGUGGUCCUGAUGAAUCCGCUGUGUAUUUGCAUUUAUACGCUAGUCAGCUGGCUGUUCUUUCACGAUCGCAUAUACGUUGAGGAGUACUCGCUCCUGAAUUUCUUUCAGUCCGACUAUGUACGCUAUCAGAAGCGAGUGUCAACGGGGCUGCCCUUCAUCAAAGGCUAUCUGAUUGAGUAGGGGUCAGGUUGGGAUCACAAAUGUCAUCCACACAAAUGCAAAUGAAAUUAAAAAACAAAUUUAGCUUUAGGUUUUCCAUAGUCUUUUCGACUUUUGUAUGGCCAACCAUUAAAAAUGUCAAUAUUUGCACAUUUGAUUUAAAGUAUUUUAAAAAUCUAAUAAAUUGAGUUGCUUUAUGUUGAAAA